ACUCCCAAACAUGAUUCUUUUGGUAAAAAUUUCAAAGUCUUUUGUUCUCUUCUCAACCACAUAAGUCUUGUGACUUCAUUAAAUUAACUUUAUUUCUUUUGACUGGCCUAAUCUUGAUAGACUUUGAGAGAUCUGAAUUUCUGUUUGUCCAAUUGUGACAAUAAUUCUUAUAAGGACACAACACAGACCUCACUGUUUAUCUGAUCCAUUGCAUGUUUCUGCAGAAACUGUCCUAUCUCUUCUGUAAUUUUCUUUUAUAUUUUCAUCAUCUUCUAUUUUUUUUUUUGUGAUCUUUGAAUGUGAAUUCACCCAAAAAAAAACAGAGAAAAUGUCAAUGAGCAUCCCUCACUUGUUUUUAUGUCCGAUUAGUCUUGAUUUGUUAACUGAUCCGGUGACGCUGAGCACCGGGCAGACAUACGACAGGCUGAGUAUCGAGCGGUGGCUCGCCGGAGGCAAUCUAACUUGUCCGGUGACAAUGCAGAGGCUUCAGGAUACAACUCUUGUUCCAAACCAUACUCUUCGGCAUCUUAUCGAUCAAUGGUUGCUUACUGACUGUCUAACAAGCAAUGACAAGAGCUGCAACUUCUCAUUAGGUACUCUCAAGCUCAAUCUCCAGUCUUCAGAUACAAGCCUUAAUGUAAAGCUUGAAAGUGUGAAGAAAGUGAGGAUCUUAUCAAUGGAAUCAGACACUGGACAAGUUUGUCUUAUCCAACUGGGUUUCUUUCCUUUGCUGCUGCAAUUGAUUUUGGAGGCAUCUCAUGAAUUCAAUGAUGAUUUUCAGCUUGUUGAAGUUGCUCUGGAUUGCAUUCUCAGUCUUUCACCUUCUUCUUCUUCUUCUUCUUCUUCUUCUUCUCACUUGGAGUUCUUGAACAUUUUGAAGAAGGAUCAAAAUUUGGUUUCACUGUUACAUCUCUUGGAACAAGGCAAUGGGAGGGUCAAGACCAGCAUAUGUUAUCUCAUUGAAAGGAUUGCUUCAUCUCCAGUGACAUUAGAUUUAUGUUCAGUUAUUGGCCAGUCUCAAAAAGUACUCCAAGUGCUUGUUUCUCUGAUAACCGAUGCCGAUUCCCAGGCAUCAGAGGCGGCAGUGAGAGCUUUAUCUGGCAUUUGUUCCUUAGAAGCUAACCGCAGCAAUGCUAUCAAAGAAGGCGCCACGGACAAUCUGGUUGCAUAUCUAUCGGGUUCUAAACGACGAAAUGCAACCCAGGCACUGUCAGCAAUUGAAAUCUUGUCAGCAAUGGAUGAAGGAAAGAAGAUGCUGAUAAAGAACAGGAAUGCAGUUAAAAUCCUCGUUAAAAUGUUGUUCAAAGUAUCAUCAGAUCAUCAAGGGAGUGAGCAUGCAGUGAGUGCAUUGUUACUACUCUGCCGGGAAUCUCCACGGGUACGAUCAGAGGCGGUGAUUGCCGGAGCUUUGACGCAACUUCUCCUCCUUCUUCAGAGCCAGUGCAGUGCCAAAGCCAAGAGCAAGGCCAGAGCUCUGCUGAAGCUACUAAGCUGCACUUGCCAUUCCUACCAUUCCAUGUAAACUGUUUUCAGAAGUCUUGAUUAGUGGAUUAGAGAUAAGAGUUUACAUUCAGUGAUAAGUUUUCCAAUUUAAUUCAACUUUU